GUGGCCUAUAUGUCAUUUACGACACUUUUGGUGACACGUCUCCGUGCGCGAAGCUCUGAGCGAGCCCUGCUCGUCUUGGGAGGCAGCGCCUCCUGCGAUACGGUCAGUGACUCAGCUCGAAGAGACACUUGAUCUCCGGACAGUCUUGUUCUCGUACACCUAACUGGAACAGUACCCAUCGUGUCCUCAUAACCAGGGUCCAGGGAUGAAUGCCUUCUCUGCUUGCUCGCUCUAUCAUGAAGACCUGCGCGUGGCCAUGUCCCGUCCACUCGAACAACGCGUGAAAUUCUUCUUGGAUACCACAGACGUCGAAGAAUCGAGUGAGUUGGGUCAACUCCUGCCGAACCUGGAUCUAGUCAGGCAAGACGUCGCGAGAGUGUCGGCUGUCCAAGAAACCGUAGCUUCGAUGCCUGAGCAACCUGUGAUCGAACUGCAGGAACCAUACACUGGAGAAGAUAUCCAGAUACGCGCUUCGCACGCACUCGUGCUGAAGACUCAGUUACCUCGACUGUUCCUGUACAGCUUUCUCAUCAUGUUCAGUGAUGUGCCCAAAGACCUCGUUGAAGAUGUCAUCUGGGCGUUAGAGGUCUUUGUCGGCCUGCUCAGGGAGUGCUCGGACGAACAACUCGAUGUGUUGUGUAGCGAUGAACUAGAUGCGGUUUAUACCUAUGAAGAACCGGCUUUCGAAGAAGAUACUCCAAUGGAGACCAUUAGGUCCUUCAUGAGACAACAAUCGAAGGCGAAGGUCACAAUCCUCCUCUUAAGACCGGAAGUUGACAGGCCGGGAGAUGCCGUGAGAUACUUCAAGGCAAUCAUUGAUUAUCGGCGUCUGGUUGUCCCACCUGAACAGUUUUUCGAGGGGGAGCGUGAUCUCCUCGAAGUCUAUGGUGAGGCUCUGACACGAAGCGGCAUCAAUGAUGAAUUUGCAGAGACAUUUCUGCGGAAAUACGUCGAUUCAAGCGCGGCUUCUGACAAAACCGGUCUUCGCAGGCUUAUCGUGGCGAAGGUCUGGCUGUCGCGCGUUCUGCGGCGGCGAGGCAGCACGAGUGCUGCCAAAUCAGAGGAAAAGUGGCUGGUGAGAUGGUUCCGCAAGCACAUUUGUUACCGAGCGCGGAUUACCCCGAGCUCCUGAUACCGAACGGAACCGUGAGCCCAAUCUUGGCCCAACUGGGCGGCUCCUCUUGGUUAGAAGGGCGUAAAGACACAGACAAGACAAUCCGCCGUGGUAUAAUGUUUUGUAGGCAAUGUGGAGCUCAUGAGCCGAUGGUGAAGCUAUCGCUGUGUACGAAGUGCAAGAAGUUUCAUUAUUGGUGCGACUCUCACUCCAAUUUGGGCUGA